AUCAAGGCAACAAGUCCACAACAAAGGCACCUCGGCCUCUGGAGUUCAUUACUGUACCACAAAUAGUCCGUUCUAACCAAACCGCUCUCAACAAAAGUCAGCCCCAUGGCCAAUGAACAUAGCCCCCUUGACUUUCUUGCGUUCUUGGAACACAAGGAGAUAUGGAUUCGAGAGAUUCUGCCUCUUGUUGGAAUGGGUCAUUAUGCCUUUGUUGGUGGUGUCAACAAACAACUCAACCAGCUUUACAAGGAAUAUGGUGCUGCAGUCAAGGACCCACCCAAGGUGAAGGCAUAUAAUGAAGAACGAGAUGCACAGGAGAAAAUUGCAGCAACCAGCACUGACACCUUCUAUGACAACACUUUGAGUAAUGUGACGCUUGCCGCAUACUGGCUUGCUGAUAGAUCUGGCCAGAACACCAUUAGAGCUGGCGAUGCUUGUCGGAUUAUUGCCAAGCUUGGAAAUCUAACAGUUCUGCAAUGGGCCCGUGAACAUUGGUUUCCAUGGAGUGAAGAUACAUGUGUGGCUGCUGCUGAAAAUGGCCAUCUUGAAAUCCUCAAGUGGGCUCAUGAGAACGGCUGUGAAUGGGAUGAGGAUACAUGCACUUUUGCUGCUCGAAGUGGCCAUCUAGACAUACUGAAAUGGGCUCGUGAAAAUGGAUGUCCAUGGGAUGCUGCCACGUGCUCUUAUGCUGCGGAAGGGGGGCAUUUGGAAAUACUGAAAUGGGCUCGUGAAAAUGGAUGCCCUUGGGAUUCACUCACAUGCUAUUUUGCUGCUGGGUUUGGGCAGCUUGAAGUUUUGAAGUGGGCACAUGCCAAUGGAUGCCCUUGGGAUGAAAAAACCUGUAUUUUCGCUGCUUAUAAUGGCCAUUUAGGUGUUCUCAAAUGGGCUCGAGAGAAUGGAUGCCCUUGGAAUGAAGAAAUAUGCAGUUUGGCUGCUAGAGGUGGUCACAUUGGAAUUCUGAAAUGGGCGCGUGAAAAUGGAUGCCCAUGGGAUACGCGGACGUGUUUAGAAGCCGCUGAGAAUGGGCAUUUGGAGAUUCUGCAGUGGGCUCGUGAGAAUGGCUGCCCAGAAGAAGGGUCAGAGGACGAAGAGUAGUGAUUCUGAGGCAGAAUAAGAUGAUCAGGAUCGAGAGCCAGUCAUGUGGAGUUGAGGGGGACUUGGUGUGUGAGAAGGCACCCAGCAACAAACAACGGCCAUAUUCUUGAGAGUAGAGGAUAUCCGCCUUUUAAUUAAAUUGAAGUUGAUUGCCUGGUC